GUUCUCCACUGUGAGCUCCCCUCUCUCUCUCGGUCUGUCGGUCUGAUGGUCUGAACACACAGGAUCCAGAUGAGCGCGGAAACCAGAGGAAGGAAACCACAACACUGACACCUAAUCCAGGCUAUCAACACAGCUUCAGGAGAACCCAGAGAAGGUUGAACAUUCAGACUGCUGCAGCGUACUCUGGACUCUUGAGGAACGGAGGCCUUGUGUUUCGUAGUACAGGAUUCCCAGUGGACUGAUGGGCAGUGGACUCAGGAUCAGCACCUCGCAGUAACUCUGACCUGUGGAAAUACACCAAACACCCGAGGGAUGUAGUCUCACCUGGUAGAAACAUUUCCACUGUGAUCAAAUCAACGUACUGCCGCUGUCUUAGUCUGCAUUGGGGUUCGGUGUGUGGCUGUCAUGGUGGACAGGUAUGAUUAAGCUUGAAGCUAGUAUAGCUUCAUCAUUUCAUAUAGAAUGUUAGCAUUUGGCUAGCCACGAAUGGUCAAGGAUCUUGCUUGUAUCCUCCUCUCAUCCAACACCCUCUCUGGCCCCUACAAGGGGCGAUAUCCGAUUAAAUAGAGGCGCCCCCCCCUCCCCAUCCCCCAACCAUCUUGUCAUUCCUCUUUCAUGACAUCGUCUAUUUCGCCAUUUAUCCAUCUAUUUAAUAUUUAACAAUCAUCCUGCGUUGUUUAUUUUCACUAAGCACGAUCCAGCACAGCCUCAUUCACCUCUAGUCCAGUAUCUCAUCAUUGUCCCAGUUCAGCAGAUCACACCCGGUCCUCAGGAGCCAACAGCCUAACCCCAAUCUCAGUCUCGCUGCUGGGCAGUUGUUUUGGUAGUUGUGUUGGUUGAAUGGAAACAGCUUAAUCGUGGAGAGGCCAGGCUACCACAAACUGAUGGACUUUGACAAGCGAGGAGUCGGAGGAGGAGGGGGAGGAGGAGGAGGAGGAGCAGGAGGAGGAGGAGGAGGAGGGGGAGGGGGUGGUGGAGGGAAGGGAGAGACCGAGGAGGGGAAGAGGAUGUCUUCAAAGGCGGGAAGUCGAUCGGGGCACGGCGGUCGAAGUGGCGGCUCGAACUCCGGGGUCCUGAUGGUCGGACCAAACUUCCGGGUCGGGAAGAAGAUUGGAUGCGGGAACUUUGGCGAGCUACGACUUGGAAAGAACCUGUACACCAACGAAUACGUCGCAAUCAAACUGGAGCCGAUUAAGUCCCGGGCGCCACAGCUCCACCUAGAGUAUCGAUUCUACAAACAGCUGGGAUGUUCAGAGGGCGUACCCCAAGUAUUUUACUUUGGACCAUGUGGUAAAUACAAUGCGAUGGUUCUGGAACUUCUGGGACCCAGCUUAGAAGACCUGUUUGACCUCUGCGACCGGACCUUCUCUCUAAAGACUGUCCUCAUGAUAGCCAUACAACUGAUAACCCGGAUGGAGUUUGUUCACACCAGAAGCCUGAUUUACCGAGACGUGAAGCCUGAGAACUUCCUGGUGGGCCGACCCGGCUCCAAAAGGCAGCACACGAUCCACAUCAUAGACUUUGGGCUGGCAAAGGAAUACAUAGACCCUGAGACUAAGAAACACAUCCCCUACAGAGAACACAAGAGUCUGACUGGAACUGCUAGAUACAUGAGCAUCAAUACACAUCUGGGGAAAGAGCAAAGCAGACGAGAUGACCUUGAAGCUUUAGGCCACAUGUUCAUGUACUUCCUGCGAGGCAGCUUACCCUGGCAGGGACUCAAGGCGGACACGCUGAAAGAACGUUAUCAGAAGAUAGGUGACACAAAGAGAGACACACCUGUAGAGGUCCUCUGUGAAAACUUCCCAGAGAUGGCUACCUACCUGCGGUAUGUGCGUCGCCUUGACUUCUUCGAGAAGCCGGACUACGACUAUCUGAGGAAACUCUUUACAGACCUCUUCGACAGGAACGGAUACAUCUUUGAUUACCAGUACGACUGGACAGGGAAACCACUGCCCACUCCUAUUGGUCCAGUUGCCAGCGAGACUCCUCUUCAAGCAAGCAACAGAGAUAAAGCGCUGCAAACCAAAAACCAGUCUCCAGAGGGAAAAGGCAGCCAGCCCACUCCAGUGACCAAUCGAGAGCUGCUGGGCUCCCAUCUCACUGCUGAUAGGCUGGGCGGGUCUGUCCAGGUGAUGAGUUCAACAAACGGGGAUCUGAACACAGACGAUCCAACUGCAGGACACUCUAACGCACCAAUCACAGCAAACGCAGAGGUGGAAGUGGCUGACGAUACCAAGUGCUGCUGUUUCUUUAAGAGGAGGAAGAGGAAAGCCAUCCAGAGACACAAAUGAAAAAGGAGACGUCACAGCGGUCUCCGUUCUCCAUCUCAGCUUCCUUCCUUCUCUCUGUCUUAAGCCCUCUAUGCCAUAGCCCUCCCUCAUGUCACUCCUCAGUGCUCAGAACCUACUUUGCCUUGGGGUCAGCUGGACUGGCUGGACCAUCGGGCAGCAGAACAUGUUUGCUAAGCUGCUUCACUGAUUUUCUUUUGCGCCGACCAAGCAGACAAGAGUGGGAAUUGUCCCCGAUCGGCCUCGGAGCUGUGAGCGUGGACUAACCGUACAAGAGACGGUGUCGCAAUCUAAUUAUGGUCCCAAAUGGAACUGGAUCAAGAAAUCUGAAAACCUGGACUCAGCCUGGCCCUUUCUCUUGAUUCUGAGGGACUUUUAAUUGGUAGGUUUUUUUCUUCCUGACUGACUGGUUCAGAAGAGUUAGACGUGUAUAACAGAAAUCAAAGGAUACAGGAGGCACUGAGACUGCCGGACUACGCCUGCACACAGAUUAGAAACAUGUACCGACACUCUUCCUCCAGCUCAUCACACAAAGACUCGACUGGAUGACCGGCUGCAGCUCUCUCCCUCUCGCACAUGGUCUCUGAAGGUUUGUUGGUUUAAAGGAGAACACUGUAAGUAAACAGUACGUCGCUUCGCCGGGUUCCUGCAACGGACCAGGCUUCAUGUUAUUCUCACACACUUUCACCCUCAGAUGAAACCUUACAAACAAAAGAAUCAAAAGUUUAUAAAGAUGUUUAUGAGAAGACUUUUUUCCUGUUUUAAUUUGUAACUAAAAAAAAGAUUGUCUACGAUUUGGAACGAUGUUUUGUCUCUUUUUGAGUUGUUCAGAAAGUUUGUUUUGUAGUUUCAGGUGUGUUCCUCGAUGUUUUUUAAUAACAUGUAUUUUAAAAUUUGUUUAUUUUUCUUCUUUCUCUGGCUUUGAGGAUGGAAAGUCAGAUAACUCCAUUAAAAAAUCUUAAUCUUGUCA